AUGUCACAGCAGAGGAAGAUCGGCAACCUCAAAGCCAAGGACAUUGAGACAGCGCUGCGCACCGAGGCUUCGGCCCUCACCCAGAUACAUGUGACUGUGACCAAGCAGCUGGCAAGACUGGUGAUGGAGGAGCACUUCCUUGCCCAAAUGCUGCGGGAUGCAGAGCAGGAAGAGCAGGAGCUUGAGCGCCAACCCACCGAUGCGGGAAGUCAGGAGAGGACGAUGCGAUGA